AUGAGCCUGAUUGCUUAUGUUACUGAGAAGGAAAUGUUUGAUGCCCUGAGCUCCAUCAAUGACCUAACUUCCCCAGGAAUUGAUGGUUAUGGUGCUAGAUUUUUAAAAGUAGCUUGGCCAAUCAUAAAGGAGGACAUAAAAGCCGUUGUUUGGGAUUUCUUCAACAAUGAUAGGUUUUAUAGAGCUUCCAAUAACACUCUGGUAACCAUUAUUCCUAAGACUGCUAUUGCUAAUAUGGUUAAGAACUCUCGACAUAUUUCUUGCUGCAUUGUGAUCUACAAAAUUAUCUCCAAAGUUAUGGCAAAGAGACUUGGUAAGGUGUUGAGUAAAGUUGUUAAUGUGGACUAG